UGGUCUUUGCGUGAUAUUCGUGACGAGCUACCUGGUCGGCCGUCGUGAUGCUUCACAUUCACUCCCUAGUCCGCCGCCAGGCGCUCCUUCCAUCGAUCCAACUCCGUCGCCUCUUCUUCUCCACCGGCGCUUUCGCCUCCUCCUCAGUCGCCACCGCUUCUCCCGAUCCAAACUUCCUGGUCGAGUACCUCGUGAAUACAUGCGGGUUCUCCGCCAACGAUGCUUCCAAGGCCUCCAAGUCGCUCCCCCGUUUUCGGUCCGCCGAGAAGGCCGACGCCGUUCUUGGAUUUCUCAGAUCUAAGGGCAUUGAAGGAGUAAUCUCAGAAAGAUAAUAGCUUGGAAACCAGGAUUCCUCAGCUGGGAUGUGGAGACGAACCUCGCUCAGAAGUUCAAAAUUUUGAACGAAAUGGGAUUAUCUGAGUCUGACGCCGGCAAUGUCGUUAUUCAUCACCCCGUCAUUCUUUCCCUCAACGUCCAGAACACGCUUGUCCCCAGAUUGAAGGUUUGGGAAAGUUUAUUUGGAUCGAGGGAGAUCCUCCUCAGAAAUCUCCGGAGCUGUAAUAGGUUUAUGAGCACCAGCAUUGAGAAUGUGGUACGCCCUAACUUGAACUUCUUACGGGAUGAAUGUGGUAUUCCUGAACACCGAGUUUCUCUUGCCAUUCAAAAGCACCCCAGCUUCAUCACGCAGAACCCAGAUACCCUCCGGGCUCUAGUAGAUAGAGCUGACGGGAUUGGAAUUCCCCGAGAAUCUGGGAUGUUCCUCUGGAUCCUUUUUGUGCUGCACGGGGUCAGCAAGGAAAAAUUUGAGGCCCAAGUUAAGCUCAUGAACAGUUUUGGUUUGUCGAACUCAGAUUUCAUUACUGCAGUCAAGAAACAUCCAACUUUUUUAAAGAUUUCCCCAGAGUCAUUGCAGGGAAAGAUGGAAUUUUUGGUCAAGGAUGUUGGGAUUGCACCUUUAGACAUUGCUUACCACUCAAAGAUUUUAGGUUUUAGUUUGGAAAAGAGGUUGAUUCCUCGAUUUCGUGUGAUGGAGAUAUUGAAAUCUGAAGGGUUAUGGAAGCCAACAAGCAAGCUACAUGUAUUUUUCUCAUCAUCUGCUCCAAAAUUUUUGCAGAAGUAUGUGCUCCCUUACAAAGAUAAAUUACCCAAACUGCUUGAAGCCAUGUGAGUUGUAGCUGAGUUUGAGAGGAAUAACCAACAGCUUAAGGGUUUAUUUGGUAAUCAGUUUCUUUUCUAGAUAAGCAAUGAUAUUGAACCAUUUUUGUUCUAGUUUCUCAUAUGGUUUACUUGUUACUUUCCUAGUCCUUCAAUUAUAAAUGUAACUGCUAAUGUAAACAUGAGGAUGCUAGUUUUUUCUUGCAAAGUUCCUUUUUUUU